AUGAGUUUAGGUGUUCCAGUUACGAAAUCUUUUAACAAAUUAAAAAAAUACCCAUAUGAAAUUAAUAAAUUUGAUAGAAGAGAAACAAAUGAAUAUUUUUAUUUGCCAGUAGAUUGCCCACGUAUGAAAAAAUGUGAUGAUGCCUAUUGUCCUUUAGCUCACACUAAAUUAGAAAAAAUAUUUCAUCCUAUAGUUUAUAAAACUCAAGCUUGUCAGAUGGCUAAAGAUGGAGCGUGUGAUUACUUUCAGAAGUGUGCAUUUUAUCAUGAUUCUAAUGAUAAAAAUGAAGCUCAUUUAAAUUGGACAAUAUGGGAAAAAAAAUGGGAUAAAUGGAGAAGUAAUAUUGAUAAUAUUUUAACACAGCAUAAUAAAAAUGAUAAAGAAAUAAGAAGAAAAGUAGAAAGUAUUUUAAAAAUUCGUAUGCCUCAUUUUAAUUAUAAUUCAAAUAAAAACAAUAUAUCUUUAAAUAAAAAUAUUUCAUUUCAUUCGACAUGGCCAAAUUUAAGUAGCACCAAUAACAAUAACAGCAAUAGUAGUAAUAACAGUAAUAGUAAAAUUAACAACUUAAAUAGUAUUCUAUGUAACUCUCUAAAUUCAUCAUUAAAUCAAAGUUCCACUUCUCUUUUUAAUAGUACAUGGAAUAAAUCAUUAAAUAACAAUAAAAAAAAUGUGAAAAAUGGAGAAGAUAAUAAAAAUAAAAAUAACUCUUGUUGGAUUAAUGAACUGAAUGAAAUGAGUAAUCUUAACUUUGAUAAAUCGUCGAACAUGAACAAUAACUUUAUUAGCAAAAAUAAUGUAUAUUAUGAUGAGACACUUAGUUACAAUAGUAAUGCUACUGACUGUGGGAUAAAUUUUGAUAUAUUAGACAAUAAUGCAUAUAAAAUUGUUGAAUUUUGUUUUACUGAUUAUGAAAAUAAUAAGAAUAAGAAUAAUUGGAAAGACAAUUCGGAAAAUUUUAAUUUCCAGUCAAUGAACUCUUUUUUUUCUCAUAGCUCUAACAUAUUAGAAAGUGAAAGAAAAAGCUCAUCAAAUAUUAACAAUAGCCAAGGAAAUAACAUUUUUGAAGAUAUGAAUUAUAAAACAUGUGAAUAUUUACCAAAUAUAUCAGAAGAAUUAAAUGAUAGCAAAUUAAGAAAAUCUAAUACAUUGCCUUCUAAUUUGAAGGAUAAUUUUCUAACAGAUAUUAACAAUUCUAAUAAUAAUUAUGAUUUGAUAAAUUCUAAAUAUUUUUCUAACAAUUCUAACAAUACAUCCUUAUUUGAGAAUUAUACAAAUAUGUCUACGAUUUUUGAUGUUAAUGAUAAUAAAUUAAACAACAUAACAAAUAUUUCUAAUUGUAACACAUUUGAUCAUUUAAGUUUUGAUGAAUUGAAUAAAAACAAUGUGAAUGAUUUUUUUAUUUCAAAUGAAAAUGUAGAAAAUACCAAAAAUUUAAAAUUUAAUAAACUAUUAUCGUCAUCAAUUUCAAGUAAUAAUGGGAUUCGAUUUAUAGAUAAUGAAAAUAAGGAAGAAGUAAAAGAAGAAAAACAAGAAACAUUAGAUACAAAUAAUAACUCAGUAGUAGCAAAUAGUUCUAAAUCAACAAACAAAAGUUCAAAAAAAAAUAAAAAUAAAAAAAAUACAUUAAAUAAUGGAAAUCAUAGCAGCAAUGUUAUUAGUAGUAACAAUAACAACACUAAUAAUAGCAAUGUAAAAAUAACAAAUUUUAAUGAAACCACUAAUUCAAAUAGUAAUGAAAUAAAAAAUGAAAAUAAUGAAAAGAAAAAGAAUAACAAAAAAGAUAAUAGAAAUAAUAAAAGUAGUAUCAAUGAAAAAAAUCAAGAUGAAAUAAAAAAUGGAAGUGUUAAAAAUUUUAACUUAAUAGAAAGGAAUGAUGAUGCUGAUAGUAAUAUUGAUAGUAGUUGUUUAGAAAAAGAAAAAAAUAAAAAUAACAAAAAUAAAAAUAAUGAUAAUCAGAACAAUAAAAAAAACAAUAAUGCCUUAGUAAAUAAUAGCAGUAGUAAACAUACGAACAAAGUUGCAGGGAGAGUUGCUGAGAAUACCAAUAAUAAUAACAAAAACGAAUUUUUAAAUACUAACAGUAAUAGUACAAUAAAUAAAAAAAAUAAUGAAAAAAAUAAUGAAAAUAAUAAUAAUAAUGAAAACUUACUUAAUAAUAAAAAUAACAUUUCCUAUUCACAAAUAAAAAAAUUUAAUGAUGUUAGUUUAGAUGCUAAACAUUAUAAUGAUUGUAAUAAUACUCGGAAUAAUAAUAUUAUAUACAAUAAGAAGAAUAGCAUAAAAGAUGAUAAAAUUUAUGAUAUUGAUAAAAAUAAUAAUCAUAAUGAUAAAGAAAAUAAAAAAAAUGUGAAUAACGUUGCAGUUAAUAAUAAAGACAAUAAGGGUAGUAUUAUUAAUAAUAAUGACAAAGAUAAUAAGAAAAAUAUGAAUGAUAACAUUUCAACUAAUAAUAUAAAUAAUAAAGACAUUAAGAAUAAUAGUUUCAUUAAUAAUAAUGAUAAAGAUAAUAAAAAAAAUAUGAAUGAUAACAUUGCAACUAAUAAUAUAAAUAAUAAAGACAUUAAGAAUAAUAAUUUCAUUAAUAAUAAUGAUAAAGAUAAUAAAAAAAAUAUGAAUGAUAACAUUGCAACUAAUAAUAUAAAUAAUAAAGACAUUAAGAAUAAUAGUUUCAUUAAUAAUAAUGAUAAAGAUAAUAAAAAAAAUAUUAAUGAUAACGUUACAAUUAAUAAUUUAAAUAGUACAGAUAUUGUAAGUAAUAAUGAAUCAAAUGUAAACAACGGUUCUAAUAAAUCACUGAUUGAGGAAAACGAUAAAAUUUUUUAUAAUGUAAAAAAUAAUAAUGAAAACAUUGUAGAUUAUAAAAAUUUAGAUAAUAAAUCAGAAGAAUUAGAAAACUGCAAAAAUAAGAAUAGUACUUAUAAUAAAAAAAAUAGUUCUAAGAAUUUUUUAAAGGAAUCAAGAAGUUUAAGUACAACAAAAAAAGACAUGAGUGAUAAUAAAAUGACAAUGACUAAUAGUACUAGUAAUAAUUUAAAAGCAGAUGACUUAUCAAAUGAUACAAAUAUAAAUACUAUUACGAAAGAUGAACUAUUUAGUUCUAUGACAAAUAGCGAUAGCUUCAUUAUAAAUAAAUCAAAAGAAUUUAGUGUAGGUGAAAAUGACUUAAAUGAAUCAUCUUAUGAUUAUACAAAUAACCUUUUGAAUAUAUUUUUAUCUUGUAAUAGUAUAAAUGAAAAUUUUGUUGAUGCAAAUGAACAUAAUAAUAAGUUUAAUAAGGAAGAUAGCAAUACUUUUAAUAAUAUAGAUAGGAGUAUGACUAAUGUAUGUGAGUUAUUUAAUACUUCAAAUAAUUUUAACAUUUUUGGUAACUAUAAUUUUUUUGGGUAUAAUUGCUUACAGUGCAAACAUUAUAAAAAUGAAAUUAAAAAUUUAAUGCUACAAAUAAAAGUAUUGAGAGAGGAGCUUUUUAAAUGUAAACAAAUUAUCAUUACAUCGGGAAUAAAUGAAACAUAUGAUAAAAAAUUUAAUCAUUGUAGUUACAAUUGGACCAAUACAAAAAGCUUUAAUAAUAUAUAUGAAAAGAAGAACUAUUUAUCUUCUAUAGAGGCCAAUGAUUAA